CAGAGUGUCCCGACUAGUGGUUUUCAGUGUUGAAAACACAACACCGAGUGGACAUCUAUCCGGUCAGCUGUUUUGAGAGUCAAACUCGGAAUCAUUAAAAAAAAAAGAUCACAAGGAUAUCAUCAUCAACAACAGUAGGAUUCAACGUAAACCAUAGAUAGACACGUUACACAAAUUGCUACCUUCUUGUACCCAGCUUUUAGUUAGCCCGAAUCAGCAAGCUCAUUACAAUGGGAUCCAGAGCGUCAACGUUACUGAGAGAGGAGGAGAUUGAAGAAAUUAAAAAAGAGACCGGCUUUUCCCACAGCCAGAUCACCCGGCUCUACAGUCGCUUUACCAGCUUGGACAAAGGAGAGAACGGCACGCUCAGUCGGGAGGAUUUCCAACGGAUCCCAGAGUUGGCCAUCAAUCCUCUGGGAGACAGAAUCAUCAAUGCCUUCUUUCCUGAGGGGGAGGACCAGGUCAACUUCAGGGGCUUCAUGAGGACACUUGCUCACUUCCGUCCCAUAGAAGACAACGAGAAGAACAAGGACCCCAUUGCCUCCGAGCCGCUCAACAGCAGGAGCAAUAAACUGCUCUUUGCUUUCAGGCUGUACGACCUGGACAGAGAUGAUAAGAUCUCCCGUGACGAGCUGCUACAGGUUCUUAGAAUGAUGGUUGGUGUGAACAUCUCUGACGAGCAGCUGGGCAGCAUCGCUGAUAGGACCAUCCAGGAGGCCGACCAGAAUGGAGACAACUCCAUUUCCUUUAAUGAGUUCAUCAAGGUACUGGAGAAGGUGGACGUGGAACAGAAGAUGAGCAUCCGCUUCCUGCACUGAGACACUAAUGGGCUUCCUAACAGGACUGUCUCUGAUUGGACCCCAUUCUGACAGGACUGUCUCCGAUUGGCUGGACCCUCCACCUUCACAAUGCCCGUUGGACCAAGACCCAAUAUAUGUCCCAAAUGGCACCCUAUUCCCUAUGUAGUGCACUACUUUUGACUAGUGCCCAUAGGGCUCUGUUAUGUAGUGCACUCAUUUUGUUUAGGUCCCAAGUCAAAAGUAGUGCACUACAUAGCAAAUAGGAUGCCGUUUUGGACGCAACCUCACACCCAUCUCAACACUAUGCACUCGCUCUCUCUGACCCCUCCUCCAGUACUAUGCUCUCUCACUCUGACUCUUCCUCCAGUACUAUGCUCUCUCUCUGACUCCUCCUCCAGUACUAUGCUCUCUCUCUGACUCCUCCUCCAGUACUAUGCUCUCUCUCUGACUCCUCCUCCAGUACUAUGCUCUCUCUCUGACCCCUCCUCCAGUACUAUUCUCUCUCUGACUCCUCCUCCAGUACUAUUCUCUCUCUGACUUCUCCUCCAGUACUAUUCUCUCUCUGACUCCUCCUCCAGUACUAUUCUCUCUCUGACUCCUCCUCCAGUACUAUUCUCCCUCUAUGACUCCUCCUCCAGUACUAUGCUCUCUCUUUGACCCCUCCUCCAGUACUAUUGUCUCUCUGACCAAGGAUUUGGUAGAACAGAUAACAUUGUAGUUUAUUUCUGCUCUGUAAACUAAAGGGAAUACAUGCGUGCCUUGGGAUGUUUUAUGUUGACUCUACCACGUCUCUCAGAGAUGGAACCUUAUUUAUUGUUUAGACCGGUCAAGGUUGAACUAGAUCUCAAUGUUUAUUACCAAGGCUCUCUGUGUUAUAACACCUUCAUGACAUAAGACAUAUAAAACAUGUUUAAAACAUGUUUUAAGACGUGUAAAAGACAUGUUUGGUGUCGUUCCAUGUAAGGUAUAGCUUUAUUGUGAUGUUAGCCAGGGCAGAAAAGGCCAAAUCUAUCCUCUUUAUUUAAGAUAAUGUUUUAUAUAUGAAAGUGUUUCUGUUUGCUUUGUUUAGUAUGAACAUGCAGAUGUAGAAGAUAUGUCCAUUUCUCUCUAAGGUGCAAUGUGUUCUUGCUAACAAGGAAUGAUGUGCCUUCGUUUCUCCCUGAGCAACGACUUGUUUCCCAAACUCAGUCCCCCCCGCCCCCUCCCCUCUUGGGUGCAUGUUUUGGGUUUUUGCCCUAGCUGCACUACACCGCUGAUUUCAAAUAUCCGACUCCUUAUCAGGCUUCGAUUACUUGAAUCAGGCUUUGAUUACUUGAAUCAGGCUUUGAUUACUUGAAUCAGGCUUCGAUUACUUGAAUCAGGCUUUGAUUACUUGAAUCAGGCUUUGAUUACUUGAAUCAGCGGCGUAGUGCAGCUAGGAUGACAAACAAAAUGUGCAUCCGGGGGGGGCAGGAUCUGACUUUGGGGAACCCAAGCUCGAGAUAAAGUCUGUGCUCCAAAUGCCACCCUAUUCCCUUCAUAGUGCACUACUUUAGACCAGAGUCCUAUUCCCUAAUAUAGUGCACUACUUUAGACCAGAGUCCUAUUCCCUAAUAUAGUGCACUACUUUAGACCAGAGUCCUAUUCCCUAAUAUAGUGCACUACUAUAGACCAGAGCCCUAUUCCCUAAUAUAGUGCACUACUAUAGACCAGAGCCCUAUUCCCUAAUAUAGUGCACUACUUUUGACCAGAGCCCUAAUUCCCUUCAUAGUGCACUACUUUUGACCAGAGCCCUAUUCCCUUCAUAGUGCACUACUUUUGACCAGAGCCCUAAUUCCCUUCAUAGUGCACUACUUUUGACCAGAGCCCUAAUUCCCUUCAUAGUGCACUACUUUUGACCAGAGCCCUAUUCCCUUCAUAGUGCACUACUUUUGACCAGAGCCCUAUUCCCUUCAUAGUGCCCUCCUUUUGACCAGAGCCCUAUUGAGUGAAUCUUGGCCAUUUGGGACUCAGUCUAAGCUUCCUCAGUGUUUGUUAAAGAGGCCACGCUAGUAUUGUCGGACACUAUUUUGCAACAACCCUUUUUGUGUUUGAGAAUUCAUCUUUUUUUUCAACCCACUUUAGUGCCAUGAUGUUGGUCUCCCAUCCUUCAAUAUCAUCAGGGUCAAAUGGGAACUAAGUUAUCAUGUUAUUUAGUUUUUUUUACGGGUCCACCUGCCUAGCUACAGCCAGUCAACCGUUAAUGUCCAUUUCUCGUAUGAGUCCCAACUGACGCACUGUGUCCUAUAUAGUGCACUACUUUGAACCAGAGCUCUAUGGCCCUUGAUUAAAAGUAGUGCUCUGUGUAGGCCAUUUAUAAUGAAAAAAAGCCUUAUGUAUUGGCCCUGGUCAAAAGUAUUGCGCUACAGAGAAUCGAGUGCCAUUUGAGAGGCAGCCCUUGUGACAGUCCUGACCCUAGCUGGGUCUAAUGACCUGCCUCAGACAGUCCUGACCCUAGCUGGUCUAAUGACCUGCCUCAGACAGUCCUGACCCUAGCUGGUCUAAUGACCUGCCUCAGACAGUCCUGACCCUAGCUGGGUCUCAUGACCUGCCUCAGACAGUACUGAUCCUAGCUGGGUCUCAUGACCUGCCUCAGACAGUCCUGACCCUAGCUGGUCUAAUGACCUGCCUCAGACAGUCCUGAUCCUAGCUGGGUCUCAUGACCUGCCUCAGACAGUCCUGAUCCUAGCUGGGUCUCAUGACCUGCCUCAGACAGUCCUGACCCUAGCUGGGUCUCAUGACCUGCCUCAGACAGUCCUGAUCCUAGCUGGGUCUCAUGACCUGCCUCAGACAGUCCUGAUCCUAGCCGGUCUAAUGACUCUAGUCUAGUGUAACACAAACCUCCAUGAUCAAAAGAAGAUUUCAGUCAUUGUGAAUCAACCAAGAGAGACAUUGUAACCUAAUAUAUUUAAGAUCCAUACCACUGUUCCAUGUUUUUAUUGUUGAUUUAUCAUCAGGUUAGACAGGUACUUUUUGAUGGAGAAGUGAAAAAGCAUUCUAAUUUAUGUAUUUGAACCAGAAAUGCCAAAUGUAUGACAGUACCAGUGUUCAUUUAGCUAUAUGUGAUUGUGUACACAGGAUGUUUGGUCAAAUUUGAGCAUGUUUAUAAUAUACCUGGCGUAAUAGUGGAAUGACCGUGUUGAGCCUUUAAAAAAAAAAAAAAGUUUUGGUACACCAGCUUCAAACAGCUGUAAAAAAAACAAAACGAUAUUGUUUUGUUAUUGAAGAGAUAUUUCACAGCGAUUUCUAGACGGUGUAAUGAUUCCCUACGCUAUUCAGUGCUUGUUUUUGCGCAAAACUAAAGUUGAGCGAACAAUAUAGAAUAUUAGCAACGAGGAAAAGAGAAGGAUUUCUAUUAGAUGACAGCCGGAGUCUGAACAGAACAACGGAUGCCGCUCCGGCGGGAGAAAUCAAUAGGCCAAAAUCCACCGAUGUUGUGAUUGGCUGUGAUAAGUAACACUGGUGAAACGCUCCUAUUAGCGCCAGCUAUAUUAUGGACAUUUUCUGAAAAUACUACAUUCCUGUGUAGCACUUUUUAGGUUCACCAGAUCCUUGAUGCUGGACGUAGAGAUUAUUUAUCAUCAAUUAGUUAUAUUAAUCAAUGUGACCAAUCAAGCAUAACUCAAAAUGUACGAUAUAUUUAUAAAAUCAUUUAUCCUGUGAAAUGUUAGAAUUGUAAAAAUUAUUUGAUUGAAAUAAAACAGGUGCCAUGCUUGCUCAAAGUUA